GAGAGAGAGGUACAUUCGCGAAUCGUUGUCAGACUCUUCCAGCAUGGCGGACUGGGAAUCGGAGAGGGUUUUUCUACCGUUUUAUCCACAUUUCCAGGGCGACAGGUACACGAACCAAUCACAAGAAAACUACACGUACGUCCUUCGGCCGUGGCUGACUCCCGGACUGUACCUCAACAAUUCGGACUUGGACAGCUUCACUUCUUCGGACUUGAACGACACUCACGCAGAUAUCCAUAUCCCCAUUGCCGUCAUCCUCUCAAUACUGUGCGCCUGUGGGACUAUUGGUAACCUUCUUGUCACAGUUGUGAUGAUUGGAAAGAAACAGAAGCUGUCUCCGUCUUACUUCAUUCUCAAUCUGGCUAUCAUAGACGGGGUGGCGUCCGCCAUUUUGAUUCCACUAGAGGUAAAAGCCUCGCUGACGAUGUUCAACCUCUUCCCGAACGUAGAGACUUGCAGGCUGUUCAAGUGGUUUGAAUGUGCUGCUAUGCUUACGUCUACGUUCAUAACGGUCGCCAUCGCUGUGGAUAGGUAUCUGGCUAUCUGCCGGCCCUUCAAGUACGCUUCUUCGAAGAUCAAGGCGGCGAACAGGGCGAGGAUAGCGGCGGGCGUCUCGGUCGCACUGGGGGUGGUCCUCCCGUUGCCGGUGCUGCCGUGCUACGACUUCUUCGACAUUAACGCCCAGAUCAACUUCUGUGAACUGAAGUACGACGGGGUCUGUAACUACUUCGUGGCCUGGUACCAACCGAUUAUCGAGCUUCUCUGUGUCGCCAUCGUGAUUGUUUUGUACACGAUUGUUUACCUGGACAUUCGCAGGACUAGACGGAGGCUGUCAACAAAGGUAGGCGCGGCCGUUGUCAACACCUCAAGAAGACCAUCUCCAGUACAUAGCUUACAACUAGAAGAUUUGAGAAAGAAGAGACCUAGCCUGUCCCCUCUCGGCGCUGGAAACAACUACAGAACAGUCAAACUCUUCGUUCUGGUAACUUUUGUUUUCUUCUUCACCUGGCUUCCGUACUGUAUCCUAAACCUCAACUUAGGAUACCUCUUUUUCAAGACCACCACGCAACUGUCAAUCAACGCGUUUGAGGUGAUAAGCAAACUAUACCUUUUGAACUUCAUCCUGAAUCCGUUCAUCUAUGCCUUCGUGAACAAAUCUUUCAGAAAAGAUUGCAAACAGUUGUUCACAUGUAGAAGGCAGACUGGCACACCGCAGAAGAGACGAAGGGAAAUUUAUACCAUAGAUCGUCUUAACUGCUGUGAUUCCAAACAAAACGACGUGGAAACCGUAUAAUAUAUAGAGAGUUUUACUACUAUAUGGCA